GAAAGCGCGGGGGGGGGGGGGGCUCCCCUGAGAGGGCUGAGCGAAGAUGCGGCUCGGCAACAACAAAUUUAUGAAGUUAGCAGGAUUUGUCUUUGCAUCGAUCUGUGCUUGGUACUUAGGAUCCUUAUUUGCAUAUAUAAUACCAGAAGACUCACUGGCAGCAACUUUUGACAACAUUCAGAAAGUAGGAGAAAAACCAAUACUCAGGGCUCCACUACCAAAAAGACAGAAAUGUGAUCAUUGGUCUCCUUGUCCACCUGGGAGUUACGCUUAUCGUUUACUCAGUGGUGGGGGCAAAGAGAAGAUGGCAAAGAUCUGCUUUGAAGAUGAACAGCUCAUAAGUGAAGAAAAGAAAAAUGCAGGGAGAGGCAUCAAUAUUGCCAUUGUAGAUUAUGACACAGGAAAGUGUACGGAUGCAAAAUAUUUUGACAUGUGGGAAGGAGAAUUUUCUGGAGAUAUGACAGAUUUCAUUAAAAAAGCUCCUCAAGGAUCGCUGCUCCUGAUGGUGACUCAUGAUGAUGGAAGCACCAAAUUAAAGGAGAACGCAAAAAAGGCAAUAGCAGACCUCGGCAGUAAAGACAUCCAAAACAUACGAUUCCGGUCAAGCUGGGUCUUCAUGGCUGCAAAAGGUUUCAAGCUGCCAGAUAACCUAGAAAAAGAAAAGAUCAACCAUUCUGACAAUAAGAUGAACCGAUAUGGUGGCUGGCCAGCUGAAAUCCAGAUAGAAGGCUGCCUUCCCCGAAACCUACGCUGAAUUUUUAAAUUAAGCUAUGCUGACAGAGUGGCUCAAAUAUUUCUACCAUGCGUUUCUAUAAGGAUGCAUUUGUCAGAGGCUGCAGUGUCAGUCUUUGGGUGGAAAUCCCAAUAUUUAUAAUUUUUAAAAAGUCAUGUACUGCUGUCAGUUGUUUUCCCAUUUAUGGGAUAUGCACCAUCAGUGAUCUUUUUACAAGUGUUUUAUGCUGUGUUUUAAGAAAAACAGCUUAGAACUUGAUUCACUAAGUUCACAGAGUUAUUGCAAGAAAUAAAAUACACUAUAUGUGCAUUUGGUUUUAAGUUUUCAUUAUUCAGCAAUACAUUUUCAAAGUUAAUGUUGCCAGUAAAGAAUCCCAGUUGGGUGCUGCCCUCUCCCCUUCACGUAAGCAUACUUCAGCCAAAGGUAAGCAUCAAAAUAGUGGUUAUA